AUGAAUGUUAAAAAAAAUAUAGUUGAACGAUGUCGUGAUCUUAUUACAGGCAAUAUCGAGCAAUAUAAGCUACUUAUGUAUUUGCCUCCAGAAGAUAGACUUACAGAAGCAGAAUCUUUUUCAUCAUCAUCAUUAACAUCGAUGAAAAACGAACCAGCUAAUGAACCGAUCUCAUUACCUGAUCCAUAUUCGACAGAUGAACAAAUGAAAUUCGAAUGCACGUUAAGUGAAUUUGGUAUAUCUGGUCUCAAUCUUGAGAGUUUACGGGAUACAUGCCAUGAACUUCUUAUUGAAGGGAAAUGCGCAACAGCCAUCGAAUCUACGUCAGUAACACAUGAUAGCUCUUGUUAUACUGAUACUGUUUGGAAUGCUGAACGUGCUGAUUCAAAUUUAAAUAUUAUGCCAGAUGAGAUGACGACUAAUGCAUUUCAUGAUUCAAAUCAUCUGUUCGAUGAUAUUGCGACUCAUAUAUCUGAUGGCCAACAACAUACACUCGACAAUGUUAAUAAUUAUACCGAAGAUAAUUAUUUUAUUCUAUAUCAAUUAGACUCAGCAUCGCAGGUUAUUGAUUAUAUUUUAGUGAUUUAUACGUCCAAGAAUAACUCUCUGGCAAAUAUUGACAAUAUGAUGGUCGAAAGUCCGAGCACAAUAGUUGAAGAAGACUCAACAUCUUUUAAUACAACAGACAAUAUACAUGAAAUCAAAGAGACUAUUCGUGAAAAUGAAGAAAAAACAAGUCAUAAUAAGAAGUAUCAUGUAGUCUUCAAACCAAACUUCGCUCCGAUUUCGCGUCGGUUACGAAGAAAAAAAUAG